AUGGGCACCACGUACAAGUGCUGCCUCAUCUUCAAGCGCCGCUUCCACGCCCGCGACGCGCCGCCGCCCGAGGACGUCCGCGCCCUCUUCUCCCUCCACGCCGGCGGGGGCCCCCACAUGGGCGCCGACGGCCUGCGACGCUACCUGGACGCCACGGGGGGCCACCACCAGGUGGACGACGCCGAGGUGGAGCGGCUGCUGGAGCAGAUCCGCCUGCAGCAGCACCAGGGCCACCGCGCCCGCCUCCCGCGCCUCGCCCGCCCGCUCCUCGCCCUCGACGACUUCCACCGCUACUACCUCUUCUCGCACGACCUCAACCCGCCCCUCCGACACCCUGCGCAGGUGCACCACGACAUGACGCAACCGCUCUCCCACUACUUCAUCUACACCGGCCACAACUCCUACCUCACCGGCAACCAGCUCAGCAGCGACUGCAGCGACGUCCCCAUCAUCAAGGCGCUGCAGAGAGGGGUCAGGGUCAUCGAGCUCGACAUGUGGCCAAAUUCAACAAAGGACGGCAUCAACAUCCUGCACGGCAGGACACUGACCACCCCAGUUUCGCUCAUCAAAUGCUUGAUAUCCAUCAAAGAAUAUGCCUUCGUUGCAUCUCCCUAUCCUGUCAUCAUAACGCUUGAAGACCACCUUCCCUCUGAACUCCAGGAAAAAGUUGCCAAGAUGGUUCUUGAAGUAUUUGGUGACAUACUGUACUACCCGCUGCCUGACUCCAAUCACCUCAAAGAAUUCCCAUCACCUGAACAACUCAAGGGCCGUGUCCUCCUCUCAACAAAGCCCCCCAAGGAGUACCUUGAAGCCAAGGCUGAUGACACCAUGAAAGAGGGUGAUGCUGACCUCCAUCUUGGCAAAGGGGCUAAUGAUGAUGCCGCAUGGGGAAAAGAAGUACCGGAUUUUCAGACUGAGAUCCAGUCUGCAAAAAAGCACGACGAUGAUGCCCCAGGACACCAAAGAGACGACGAUGACGACGACGAUGAUGAUGAGGAAGAUCAGCAAAUGCAGCCACAUAUAGCUCCACAGUAUAAACACCUUAUCACAAUCAGGGCAGGGAAGCCAAAAGGCUCUCUAGCUGAUGCCUUGAAGAGUGAUCCAGAAAAAGUUAGGCGUCUCAGUUUGAGCGAGCAACAACUUGCCAAAGUGGCAGAGGAUCACGCCACAGAAAUUGUGAGGUUCACGCAGAGGAACAUACUGAGGAUAUACCCGAAGGGCACUCGAGUCACUUCAUCUAACUACAACCCGUUUAUUGGUUGGGUGCAUGGUGCUCAAAUGGUGGCAUUCAAUAUGCAGGGAUAUGGAAGAGCGCUUUGGCUAAUGCAUGGAUUUUAUAAAGCGAACGGUGGGUGCGGUUAUGUGAAGAAGCCAGAUUUCUUGAUGCAGACAGAACCACAAGUCUUUGACCCAAGAGAAACCCAACCUGUGAAGAAAACCUUGAAGGUGAAGGUGUACAUGGGCGAUGGGUGGCGAAUGGACUUCAAGCAGACACACUUCGAUCAAUAUUCUCCUCCAGAUUUCUACACACGGGUUGGGAUCGCUGGAGUCCCAGCAGACUCGGUGAUGAAGAAGACCAAGGCGAUCGAGGACAACUGGAUGCCGGUGUGGGAGGAGGAGUUCAGCUUCCCGCUGACGGUCCCGGAGAUCGCUCUGCUGCGGGUGGAAGUGCACGAGUACGAUAUGUCGGAGAAGGACGACUUCGGUGGGCAGACGGUGCUGCCGGUGUCGGAGCUGCGGCCGGGGAUCCGGGCGGUGGCCCUCUUCGACCGCAAAGGGAACAAGUACAACAACGUGAAGCUUCUCAUGCGUUUCGAGUUUGCUUAG